AUCAUCACACAUUUCAUGCACACAUCGCGUGAUACACGCUACAUGUCUUCUGCUAGUUCGCUGAAUGCUACUGGGAUAUUACCUUGUUUUCUGCAUAUCUGCGAAUUUUGUUGAUAGAUACAGUCGCAUCUCCUUACCUCCUUUUGAAAUCCACUUGUGAGAAACUUGAUCCAACUCAGGAUGUCAGCAAAAGCAAUCCGCGAGGCCGGAGGCAAAGCCCUUCUUGGAAGGCAUCUCAAAUCAGCAUCAGUAGCACCAUUCCGUGGCGCCACGGUAACGGAGGAUGUAAACUGGGAUCAACUCACUGCUGAAAACCCUUGGCUUCUUACAGAGCGUCUGGUUGUGAAGCCUGAUCAGCUUAUCAAGCGUCGUGGUAAACUUGGUCUCAUUAAAGUCAACGCGGACCUGCAAGGUGUCAAAGACUGGCUUUCUACCAGACUCGGAAACAACAUUGAGGUUGGAGCUGCAACGGGCAAACUGAAGAACUUCUUGAUCGAGCCCUUUGUAGCUCAUAAACCGGAGGAUGAGUUUUAUGUGUGUAUCUACUGCCAACGAGCUAGUGAUGUCAUCCUCUUCCAUCACGAGGGCGGAGUUGAUGUUGGUGAUGUCGAUGCUAAGGCUGUCAAGAUGGAGGUUGGGCUCCAAGAAGAGGUUACAACUGAGGGUAUUAGGGCUGCUCUCCUCUCCAAUGUAGCCGAUGGGAAAAAGGAGAUGGUGGCUGGAUUCAUCAAGGAUCUUUAUCAACAGUUUCGUGAUCUCUACUUCACAUACCUUGAGAUAAACCCACUUGUUGUAACUGAUAAAGUCUAUGUAUUGGAUCUUGCUGCUAAGAUCGAUGCCACUGCGGAGUAUCUGUGUAAGCUACAGUGGGGAGACCUGGAGUUCCCUCCUCCAUUCGGAAGGGAGGCAUUCCCUGAGGAAGCAUAUAUUGCAGACCUAGACGCUAAGAGUGGUGCUUCGUUGAAACUGACGAUCUUGAAUCCAGUCGGUCGUAUCUGGACCAUGGUAGCAGGAGGCGGUGCUUCAGUCAUCUACAGCGACACCAUCUGUGACCUCGGUGGCGCAUCAGAGUUGGCCAACUACGGUGAAUACUCCGGAGCCCCCAGCGAGGGCCAGACGUACGAGUACGCCAAGACGAUCCUUGGUCUGAUGACAAGGGAACAGCAUCCUAACGGCAAGGUCCUCAUCAUUGGAGGAGGGAUCGCUAACUUCACCAAUGUUGCAUCUACAUUCAAGGGUAUCGUGAGAGCUUUGAAGCAGUUUCGUGAGAAGCUGAUUGAGUUCAAGGUAUCUAUCUACGUCAGAAGAGGAGGUCCUAACUACCAGGAAGGUCUGCGUGUUAUGAGAGAACUGGGUGGAAACCUUGGUGUCCCUAUGUAUGUGUUUGGUACUGAGACUCACAUGACCGCCAUUGUAGGUAUGGCCCUCGGUAAGAGAGAAGUUCCGGAAACUCCUCCCACCGAUUCUACCACGGCCAGUUUCUUGCUCUCGGGAAGUGCGUUUUUGCCCAAACCUGCUGAAACUCGAGGUGUACCCGCAGGUGCCAGCAAGAGUGCGCCAGAGCUCGGAGCUACUGCCAAAGUCUCGCCAGUGGCCAACCGGAAGGAGAAGGCUGCCUCUGAUGCAGAUACUGUCAAGAUCAGCCAGGCAGUCACAGGAGUAGAUGGUUCCGGAGCUGCCUCUGGUUCUAGGACACUCUUCACCAAAUCAACCAAGUCAUUCAUCUUUGGAAUGCAGCCCAGAGCUGUCCAGGGUAUGUUGGACUUUGAUCACUCCUGCAGAAGGGAUGAACCAUCAGUCGUUGGCAUGAUCUACCCAUUCAGUGGUGACCACAAGCAGAAGUUUUACUGGGGUCAUAAGGAGAUCUUGGUCCCUGUCUAUAAAUCCAUGGCCAAAGCCAUGAAGGCACAUCCUGAAGUAGAUGUCGUCAUCAACUUCGCUUCCCUCAGGUCUGCUUAUGAUAGCACGGUUGAAGUCAUGACAUAUCCCCAGAUCCAUACCAUUGCCAUCAUUGCGGAAGGCAUUCCAGAGAACAAGACGAGGAUCCUGAUUGACAUGGCUAACAAGAAGAAUGUCACAAUCAUCGGUCCAGCUACGGUUGGAGGUAUCAAACCAGGAUGUUUUAAGAUUGGUAACACCGGUGGAAUGUUGGACAACAUCCUCUCCUCCAGGCUCUACCGUCCAGGCAGUGUGUCUUACGUCUCAAGAUCAGGAGGAAUGUCCAACGAGCUCAACAACAUCAUCUCCAGGAAUGCCGAUGGUGUUUAUGAAGGUGUAGCUAUCGGAGGAGACAGGUACCCAGGAACAACCUUCAUUGAUCACAUCCUCCGUUACCAUGAUGACCCAGAGGUUAAGAUGCUGGUCAUGCUUGGCGAGGUUGGCGGUACAGAGGAGUAUGAAGUAUGCUCGGCCAUCGAGUCGGGACGCAUUGUAAAGCCCAUGGUAGCAUGGUGCAUCGGUACAUGCUCUACAAUGUUCUCAUCAGAGGUUCAGUUUGGUCAUGCUGGGGCAUGUGCGAAUGGUGAGAGGGAGACGUCUAGUGCUAAGAACCAGGCCCUCAGGGUAGCGGGAGCCUAUGUACCUAACAGCUUUGAUGAUCUGGGAGAUAAGAUCGCGGAGGUGUAUCAACGUCUUGUAUCUCAGGGUGUCAUCACACCUAAGGAAGAACAACCACCACCGACUGUUCCUAUGGAUUAUAACUGGGCAAGGGAGCUUGGUUUGAUCCGUAAGCCCGCAUCGUUCAUGACCAGCAUCGUCGACGAGAGAGGACAGGAGCUGAUCUAUGCUGGUAUGCCCAUCUCAGAGAUCUUCGAGCAGAACAUCGGCAUUGGUGGAGUGCUUUCGCUUCUAUGGUUCCAACGAAGAUUACCACCAUACGCAACCAAGUUCAUUGAGAUGUGCUUGAUAGUAACUGCCGAUCACGGUCCUGCAGUAUCAGGAGCUCACAAUACCAUCGUCACUGCUAGGGCAGGCAAGGAUCUCAUCUCAUCUCUGACAUCAGGACUUCUUACAAUUGGAGAUCGUUUUGGAGGUGCGCUGGACGCUGCUGCCAAACAGUUCAGUGAGGCGUACGACUCCUCUCUCAUCCCGAUGGAGUUUGUCAACAAGAUGAGGACGGAGCACAAGCUCAUCAUGGGAAUCGGUCAUCGGGUCAAAUCGCUGAACAACCCUGACCAACGAGUAGAGAUCUUAAAGGACUUUGUAAAGAAGAAUUUCCCAGUUUGCCCACUUCUUUCUUACGCACUAGAAGUCGAGAAAAUCACUACAGCUAAGAAACCCAACCUCAUCUUGAAUGUUGAUGGUGUUAUUGGUGUCGCUAUGGUUGACCUCUUCAGGAACUGCGGAGCUUUCACAGCUGAGGAAGCUAAUGAGUAUGUUGAAAUUGGAGUCUUGAAUGGUCUUUUUGUUCUCGGCCGUAGCAUGGGAUUCAUCGGUCAUUAUCUGGAUCAGAAGCGACUGAAGCAAGGACUGUACCGCCAUCCAUGGGACGAUAUCUCUUACGUUCUCCCCGAGGCUCACUGAGUCCACAGCAUCCAGGGGUCGGUUUCACGAAUGGUUAAGUCUGAUUAAAAAGUCAUGGUUAAUUGCCAUAUAUGUGCGCAUUAUAUGCAUCACAUAAUGUCACUGAUUAAUAGCAUAAGUGCAUGUCCCUUGAACAUACCUGUAUAACAUGAUGAUGCAGCAUAUGUCACUGGCAAAUGGGAAGUUAGGUGUGACUCUUAGUCAAACUUAGAUGUUUGUGAAAACCCCCUGAUGUCCUCUAAAGACCUAAAGACCAAAGUAUCAUAUGCAUCUCCUCCAUCAUAAAUGUCAAUGUUCCAGAUUGUGGAUAACUAUUUCAUGUGUUUUAACUUAUAUUGCAGGAUAUUGUGAGCAUAUUUUCUUGAAAGGGUCUUGCAAGAAUAUUUGCAAUCAAUUGCAAAUACAUGUAUCUGAUACACAUUUACAAUUGAAAGAUUAAUUUUAUUUUUUGCAAAUCAGUUCACACUUCUUGUCGCAAGAAUGCAGGUCAGCAAUCAAAUGGAAAUUUGUAAUUAAUUGCAAGGUGUGUGAUUGAAUUGGGAAUCCCAAAUAGAUUUGUGAUUGAUUGUAAGGUUCAUGAUUUGCCAUUCCCCUUUCCUGAGUUUGUGAAUUGUGUUGUGAAACUUGAAUUAUAUUUAUAUCAGUACACAUCAUGUCCGUAAUGCAUUAGAUGAUUACAAGAUGUGGUUGAAGAUGUUUUAAAAGGUAUGGGAAAUUAAGUUUUUGUUUAGUAAUAUGUAUUGUUAUUGUUUGCCAUGUGACAUAGCUAUCUUGAGAUGAAUAGGAACAUUGUCUCCUCUGAAGUCUUAAAAAAGAAAUUGUAUUCUGUGAACCUGCUGAUUGAGAAAUAAAAAUGUGAUCUACCUUGUUGCUCAUUCUUACCAAAAUUUGCUAAUAAUGAUAAUAAAAUAUCACUUAAUACUAUAAUGUUUCUAAGCACUGCAUAUUAUUACCCCGUCCUUAGCAGAGCAACCAGCAUGCGCUUCAGCAUUUCAAGGAAUGAAUUCCUGCUGGUUACCCAUGAUUCAUUUCACCCAGGUAAAGUACGGUGAUUAUAGAUUAAAGAAUCCCCUGAACUAUCCUACAUUGAGCUUAAUGUAUAUGGCAAUGAAAUAAAUUAUGUAAACAUAAAAAGGUUUUAGAUACUAAAGAUUCAUAGUGUUAAGUGGUAAUUAAAACAAUAUUUAUUAUCACUUUCUGUGCUUAAAAGCUUUCAUUUAUAGUAUGAAGUAUGUAUUGAACCAUAUGAAUGUAUAAUUUUCGUGAUUUGAUGUUGGAAGGUUAUCUAACUGUAAGCUUUUUGUUUCUUUAUGUUGAAUAAUUAUUGUUACUUUUUUAGUUCUUGUAUGGAUAUUGCUACAGAAUGUCAAUGUUGGAAUAGCCAUUGUUUUUUGGUGUAUGAAAGCAUUGUUAGGUUUACAGAUUGUUAUGCUAUUUUUGUUCUUCAUAAAUGUAAUAUAAUUUGAUGUAUGAUGAAAGAUAGAUCAUGAUAGUGAUGUAUCACAUGGGUUAUGUGUAAAGAUCAACUUAUUUGAAUUAUUAUUUUUACAUUAUGUGAGAAGUUUUCAUAUUGAUGGGGAAUUAAUUAAAUAAACUAACUUUUGAACUCAUUGUCAUGUGUCGUAAUACUCCGCAUUCAGUAUCAUAUUUCUUUAGUGUCAUAAUGGUAAAUUAAUGAUGACAUCUGUUUUCUAGAUUGGACACAUGUUGACCCUAGAUUCAAAGUAUAAAAAAAAUCAUUUUUUUGUUAUUUCAGGAUGAGAGAUGUACAUUCUAGAAGCUUUCUAUUAGUGUUAGAUUUACAUUUACCGAUGAUAAUGAAGCCUCAAAAUUCAUAAUGCUCCAUAGAUUUCAAACGGGGAAACACAAGGAGAAUACUUCGAUAAUUUGUGUUCUAAACUACUGCUAGUACUGUGUGUGUUGUUUGGUAUAAAUUUUAGCUGAAUCUUCCUUCAUGUGCAAUGGAAACAAUGAAUUAAUGUUUAGAUACACGUACAUUCAUGCUUUUAGAAAUGUUUAUUACUUCUGUUCUAAACUUGAUUAUACAGCUCAAAGCUUUGAAUGGCCCCCUUUAUUUAUUUUGCAUAUGAUUAGCAUAUGGAAGAAUGUUCACUCUCAUUGCAACUAUUGAAGUUUCAAAUGGAGUGGGUGUUGUUUCAAAGGAGCCUCCUAGAAUGAAUUAUUACUACAGUGGUUAACCCUAUACCGUAGUUUCAUCAUGGUAGACAGUUACAUGAAAAUUUGUUGAUAUCUUUGUAAAAGUGUAAAUGCUUUGUUAUGGCGGGAAAAUUACAUGUAUUCAAUCUUUGCCAAACCAAUGGAUUUGAACAGUGGUUCUGAAGAUGGCAAAAACGUACUUGUCUAAACAUGAAGUUUGGGUUGUCCUUUUAAGGACCUAUCAUACACCUGCAAUAGAAUAGCAUUGGAACAGUAGUGCUGUUAAAGUAAAAAAUUAAUAGAUUCUCAGGCAAAGAUACUGUACAUGAUAAUGCCAUGCUACUAAAGUUUGAAGUGGCGAGGGGUGACACUACAGACUCCCCCCCCCCCUUUGAACAAUAAGUUUGCUGCUGGAAACUACGCCAGUGAAUAGUGUUUUAUUAGGUGUUUUGAUUGGAAAUUUGACAUUUUGGCAAAGCCUGGUUUUGGUCAAACAUUAUGUAUUCAUUCUUGCUAUUGGUACCGUAUGGGUACUAGUAUUCAACCCGGCAUAAUUCAAAGAUUUUGACAUAUUCUCCAAAAUAUUUAGAAAUAGGGAAUUUAUCUUAAUUUCAUACCUUUGUUAUUUCCAGGGUAAUCUGUUGUCGAUAUUUUCUUUGUCAAUCUGUCGACUGUAUGCGCGGAGGAUCGAAUUAUGCGGCGAUGGCCUUUUGCACUGAAUGGUACUAGUAUUCAACCUAGUGAGGAUUGAUAGCAAAUCUCAAAAGGGUUUAGAUUGCUAAAUUAGAUCUAGAUCUAUGUAAAUCUCUGGCUUUGAUUAAUUCCCUGUUUGGUCUCAUCUCAAUUGGUCUAGUCCAUAGUCGGAUGGGACAAGGGCAGAUUGAGAGACAGGGCCAUCUUUCAUCGCUAGGUUGAAUACUAGUGCCGACGGGUUGAAUACUAGUACCAAAAUCCGUCGCCUUAUAAUUCGAUCGCCCGCACACACAGUCAACUGGUUGAAGAAAAAAAUAACGGAAAAAGAAUAACCAGCAUUUGCUCUUGGAAAUAAGACGGGUCUGAGAUUCAGGUAAAUUCUAUAUUUCUAUAUAUUUGAGGAAACUCUCCAAACGGGUUGAAUACUAGUGCCCUUACGGUAUAUUUGUUUGUCUAGCAAGUGAAAAUGAUGCACAAUAAUAUUGUGGUAUAUUUAAUGACUAUCCCACCUUAUCCAUUCUAUAUGAAGAAUUGAUUUAUGAAAAUGCAAUCAAAGAAGGCUACAAGAUCGACCAAGUCGCAGGAUAUGAUAAACAUGUAGCUUAAAGCUCUCUAGUUUUCUUUGAAUAGUUUCCAUUAUUUAUGUGACCAAAUCAUCAAUACAUGUACAUGUAGAUGCAUUUUAUGUAAUUCAUACAUUUAAUUAGAAAUUGCCUAUCCUACUUGGUAUUUAUAAACCAUAAUCAGGUUUUAAAGUCGAAGUAAUUACAGCUUGGCAUUUUUUCUUUGCAUAUUCUUUUCAUCGCAAAAUCAGGCGAGACUUGUGGUUCACGAACCACCUUGUUCAUUGUAGCAGCCGUACAUAUAUUAUGUACUGUACUAAGUUUAUUUUCAUUCUAAUUUUAUUUUUAUUCUGAUAGUUUUUUUUGGUGCAAGGUGUACAUGUGGAUAAAAUGUAAUAAAGCAAUAACAUUCCCUUGUUAUUAUGUAUUGAGCAAAUCAA